AUGGCGGCAUCUCUAUUCACUUACUCCUCCACCUCUCGAAGGGUAGUUCUUGCCCCAAACUCUCCUCCUCUUCCAAUUCACAUCAAGGCUACAAAUGUUGUUUUCAACCCUGAUAUUCAAGAGGUUCAUCGAGUAUGUGAGUUCUACUACACUGCAACUGUCAAUGACGACAACAAUGCCAUCACCGGGACCAUUAGCCAUGGAAGACACUCUGUCUUCAUCAACGCAGAACUUCUCAGUGCUUCCCUAAGUUUACCUAUCUUUGAACCUUUCUCUGAAACUCCCACUAUUGAACGGUGUCGACGUAUGUUUGAUCAACAGGUUUAUGAUCACUCAAAGGCUGGUACUCGAUCAGCUCUUAUCUUGCGCCAAUGUAAGACCCCAGGUUGGAAAUUUUUCACCGGUGCUCUAUGCAAGUGUGUGGGUCAUAAGUCUCGAAGUGGUGAUCAGUUGAGUAAUUAUGAGCAACAAGUCGUCUGCUCACUUCUUCUCAACAAAAGACUGGAUUAUGGAGCUCUAUUCUUUGAUCAGCUUGUUCAGCUUCUUCGUGCAAAUGUAUGCGCUGAUCAUGUUCCGUUUCCAUGCUGGAUUGCUCUUGUGUUCGACAAAUUCUUUGCUGCAGACUACUUCUCGCAUUCUGGAAAUCCCAUCUAA